CCAUUCCUUCCAAAACUAAACAAAUUAAAAUCGAACGAGGAAAUUCAUGAAGUUAAUGCACUGCCAUGAACUGUGCAAGCCAGUUACUAUCUUGAUUCUAGUUAACUUAGCUCUUGCUUUUGUCAAUUUACUUCUUAAAAUGGUUCUCAAUGAAGGAAUGGACUACAUGUCCAUUGUAACAUAUCGACAAGCUAUUUCAUUUAUCUUCAUGGCACCUAUUGCAUGGUUCUAUGAAAGGAAACACAAAUUGGAGGCUCACAUAAUAUGUCUCCUUUUUCUCUCUGCUCUUGUUGGAGUAACAAUCCCUCAAUACUUGUUUCUUCUUGGACUUCAGUAUACAUCUGCCACAUUCUCAUGUGCAUUCCUCAACAUGGUGCCUGUAUUUACAUUCAUAAUGUCACUUCCAUUUGGGAUAGAGAAGGUCAACAUGAAAAGCAAGAGUGGUAAAGCCAAAAUCUUGGGAACUAUUGUGUGCAUUGGUGGAGUUUUGAUAUUAGCCCUUUAUAAAGGAAUUUCCAUUAACAGCUCACAAUCUCAACACAUAGCCAAUACAUAUACAAGUGCACCUCCCAAGUUAGGGAAAUGGAUUAUAGGUUCAAUACUUUUGACUGCAGGUUGCAUCAUGUGGUCUUCUUGGUUUGUUAUACAAGCUAAGAUUAGCAAAAAGUAUCCAUGUCAAUACUCUAGCACAGCUAUUUUGUCACUUUUUGCUGCUAUUCAAUCAGCAAUAUUAACUUUGGUUAUCAAGAGAAACAAUGCAUCAUGGAUCCUCAAAGGAAAGCUAGAAAUAUUGUGUGUAAUAUAUGCUGGAAUGGUGGGGUCAGGCCUGUGUUAUGUGGCAAUGUCAUGGUGUGUCAAACAAAGAGGUCCAGUUUUUACUGCAGCAUUUACCCCUCUUUUACAAAUAUUUGUGGCUGUGCUUGAUUUCACUAUACUAAAGGAGGAAAUAUACUUAGGAAGUAUUGCAGGAUCUGUGUUGGUUAUUGUUGGAAUGUAUGUUCUUUUAUUGGGAAAAAGCAUGGAGGAAGAGCAAUGUGUCAUAAAGGAUACACAAGCAAAUCAAGAUGUGGAAUGUCAAUGACAAUUCCACUAAGCACAACAUGAAUGACUACUUGUUGUACUAUAUACUCUGCAAUGAAAGGGAUGGUCAAAAUUAUUAGCUAAGAUAUAGAAAAUUAAUAUUAAAAAAGUCUGCUGUGCAAAAGUUGUUUUGCAAAAGCAUGUGGAAUGGUAUAACCGUAUAAGACAUUUUGAAUAUUUUCAUGUCAAAAGCAUAAUGGACAGCACUCAUUAAUAUCUUAUGAUCUUUUUUCC